AUGCAUGUGCCUUCGCUCCGUGGUCGCAAGCGCAAGACUCAGUCGCAGUCGAUGGCAUGGGAUCCAGCUAGGACCGCGAGUGCAAGUUUGCCUCGCGCGUCGCGUGCGCCGGGAGCGAGUGCAGCUGCUCAGAAGCGACCCUAUUACAACAUCAUUUUUGGUCGUGAGCAAGAAGACGACAUUGCUGACACACUUGUUGAUACUCUUGACCUGAUUGCGCCGCGUGACUUGUCUGCUGCUAGAUAUGCUUUGAAUCAUAAGCUUAUGGAUCAGAUUAUGGGCGGCACGCGUCUCGACAUGCUCAAAGCUCCGGCUUCUCCAUACGAGAGAAAGAACAAGGAACAAUUGGCGAGCGCAGCCGCAGCACUUCAGCGAGAAAUACAAGAGAUGCAACGUUGUCAUGCAGCCGUGAAAAAUUCUUUUAACUUGCCAAAGUCCAGCGCGGCUUUAUCGCGAGGUCCUGAGCUGGAAUCGGAGUCCGAGCCUACGGCUAGCGCGGUGCCCGAACCUGAAGCCUGGGCUCGCGCACCAAGUCAAGGAAGUGUCCUAGGUAUUGGUUAUGUGCGAGCUCAAAUGCCCGCCGAAGUUGCGGCUAUUUUGGAAUCGCAACAAGAGCGACGUCGCGACCGUCUUGAAAUACAAAAGGUACAACACGAAGCGCAACAGAAAGCAGAAGAGAAAGCACGGCUAGUCGAGCAAGAAGCAAAAUAUAUGAAGGAGCAGGAGGCACAGCAAAACCAGUAUCAACCUGAGCAAGAAACUCGAUUCUCUGUACCACAGGGAUUGCAGCAUGACGCACAUCGUCAAGCUCAGCAGUGGGACGGGAAUAGUAAACAGCAAGACACGCCGCGUGAAUCAUCACAACAUGCACCAAGUCAGACUGUAUGUGGACCCCACUACCCAACGCGACAAGAACCUCAGCAUAUGGGACAACAGGGCCCGUCCUAA